AUGGGAAGCACAACAUGGAAGCCACCUCCUACAGGGUGGUGGAAAGUGAAUACAGAAGCAGCAAUAGCAGAGAGACAUGUGGGGUUGGGGAUGAUUGUUAGAGACAACAUUGGGGAUGUACUUAUGUCAGGUGGUAAAAAACUUGAUGUGGCCAUUCAGGUACUGGAAGAAGAAGUACGGGCAACUUUGUUUGGACUGAGAUAUGCAUAUGAUGCAGGUUUUCGUCAGGUGGAGCUUGAGACAGAUUGCUUGAACUUGGUGACACUCUUGACAAAGAAGUCGAAUGAAAACUCGACCUCACAGAUGGUGGUGAAGGAUAUCUUUGUUGUAGUUAAUUUAUUUGAAGCAUGUAUUUUUAAGUUUCCAAAGAGACUUUGUAAUAUGACAACAUACUCCCUUGCAAAGGAUUCUCUCAUGUUUGAUGAAGUCUUGAUUUGGAUGGAGGAAUGCCCCCAUAGACAUUGUUCCUAUUGUCGUUAA